AUGGCACAGCAAGACUUUCGGAAGCUGUCGGCGAGCGACGACGAGGCGGAGCAGCGCGAGUUGCUGAAGCAGAGCUUGAUCCUGCAGAAGCAGAAGGAGCGGCCGAAGUGUUCAGAGUCCAAGAUUCGGAGCGUGGGCUUGAAGGUGGCCGAGGAGAGUGACGAACUGCAAGAAGCACCGAGAACCUUGCGGUACCAAAUGCAAAGUCGCCCACGCGUCACGAACAUCCCUUCAGCCUUUUGCAAGGAGCUCGAUGUCAAGCGCAACGAGCGGGAGGUGGCGGCAGCCGACAACGAGGUCAGGAGGCUGAAGGCAGACUUGGAGGCUGCAAAGAACGAGUUGGAGCCACUGGAGGAGCACUCUGGUCAAUUUACCUCCUGUAUCUUCACAUCGACUUUCAUGAUUCGGGGCUUGGGGGCCUGCGACUUCUCGUCAGCUAUAGCUUUCCCGGUGCCGAGGUACUAUGCCCAAGUGAAGCAGCGCUGCGAGAAGAAGGUCACUCGCGAAGACAUCUUGCAGCGAAGAAAGCGCGAGAUUGAAGGCCGGGGCGAGAGCACGUGCUUUGGCAUAUCCGCGAAGAGUCGCAAGCUUCCGAUGUCCGCAAAGACCGCAGGAGCUGACAGCUUGCAAGCUUUGCUUCUGGACUGCGACGGCGUGAUCGCAGAUUCGGAAUACCUACACAGGGAGGCCUACAACGAGGUCUUUGCCGAGUUUGAGGUGGACGCGGUUUGGUCCAAGGAGUACUACGACGUGCUGCAGAACAAAAUCGGCGGUGGCAAGCCGAAGAUGCGCUAUCAUUUCGGCGAAGUGGGCUGGCCCACCUCGGUGAAAGGUCCUCCGCCCGAAGAUGAGAUGAGCCGCGAAGCGCUCAUUGACGCCCUACAGGACAGGAAGACCGACAUCUACCGUGGCUAUGUGACGUCUGGGAAAGCCUCCGCCCGCCCGGGCAUCCUGGCGCUGAUCGAGGAAGGGCUCCAGCGGCGAAACCUGAGGAUGGCGAUUUGCUCCGCCGGCACCAAGGAAGCUGCACAGCAGGUCCUUUCCGCCGUUGUGGGAGAAGACCUCCUGGAGCAGUUUGACUUGAUACUGCUCGGCGACGACGUGAGCAGGAAGAAGCCAGACCCUUUGAUUUACAAGCUUGCAUCUGAACGCUUGGGCGUCCCGGCCGAGCGCUGCGCCGUGGUUGAGGAUUCGAAGAUUGGCUUGGAAGCUGCGCUGGCGGCGGGCAUGCGAUGCUUCAUCACCUACACAGACUCCACGCAAGGCCAGGACUUCUCCGGAGCCACCGAGGUGCUCCCCGACGCCACGCAGCUGCAACUGUCGAAGAUUUUCCCCAGCUGA